UGUUAUCACAAUCCCGAUGUGCUUGGCCGCUCGCUGUCAGCGGUGAGCCGGGCAAAUGUACUGGUCCAACAAAAUGCACCAGGCCUCUCUGUCUGCAGUCAGCAAGAUUGCCGGAGUUCUCGGAAAUGUGUAUUUCAGUCAACAGCAAAUGUCUUCCUCACGAGAUACUUCAAGACAUCUGCUGUUCACAGGGAUGAAGUAGUCAUAGUCAAGACUCCUGCAUUUGCAGAAUCUGUUACAGAGGGAGAUGUGAGGUGGGAGAAAGCUGUGGGGGACUCAGUGACGGAAGAUGAAGUGGUGUGUGAAAUUGAGACUGACAAGACCUCUGUACAAGUCCCUGCUCCAGCAGCUGGUGUAAUUGAGGAACUGCUGGUGCCUGAUGGAGGGAAGGUAGAAGGAGGAACGCCCCUUUUCAAAUUACGUAAAGGAGCUGCUGCUAAAGCUGCAUCCUCCUCACCUGCAGAAGCACCAACAGUGGCGGCUGCAGCCCCCCCUCCUCCUCCAGCAGAUCCACCUGCAGCCCACGCUGUCAUUCUUCCAGUGCCUCCACAGGCUGCCAAAGCCAAACCUGGCAUGUUUUCUUCCCUAGCAUUUAAAUUUACAGAUAGCAUUAUUUACUGUAAUGUGAAGAUGAACCGUAUGAGGUUGAGGAUUGCCCAGAGACUGAAGGAGGCUCAGAACACCUGUGCCAUGCUGACCACCUUCAACGAGGUGGACAUGAGCAACAUUCAGGAAAUGAGAAAAAGCCAUAAAGAUGCUUUCUUAAAGAAGCACAACAUCAAGCUGGGUUUUAUGUCAGCGUUUGUGAAGGCUGUAGCACACGCUCUGACCGACCAACCUGCUGUCAAUUCUGUUAUUGAUGAUGCAACCAAAGAGAUUGUCUACAGAGAUUACAUAGACAUUAGUGUUGCUGUUGCAACUCCAAAGGGACUUGUUGUACCAGUAAUUCAUAAUGUUGAGACCAUGAAUUUCACUGACAUUGAAAAGGCCAUCAGUGCUUUGGGAGAAAAGGCUCGUAAAAAUGAGCUUGCUGUUGAAGAUAUGGAUGGAGGCACCUUCACCAUCAGCAACGGUGGAGUGUUUGGCUCAUUGUUUGGCACACCCAUCAUCAACCCUCCGCAGUCUGCCAUCCUGGGCAUGCACGGCAUCUUUGACCGACCUGUGGCCAUCAAUGACAAGGUUGAGAUCCGGCCCAUGAUGUAUGUGGCACUGACGUAUGACCACCGCCUCAUUGACGGCAGAGAAGCGGUGACUUUCUUACGCAAGAUAAAAGCAGUAGUGGAAGAUCCACGAGUGCUGCUUCUGGACAUGUGACGUUUCUAACCACCACAUUAAACUUUAUUUUAUAGCUCAGCUGCAUAAAAUGAACUCCACAUCACAAGAAAUGCACAGAUUUGCCUACUCAGCUUUUUGUAACUGUUGAGUCACACUGCAGGGGGGACACUGAGGUUGUGUUCCAACACUCAUAUGGAGCUUAAAUAUGCUGUGUUAUCUGUAGGGAGUAGGGGGGGUAACGAUCCAUCAUUUGGGAUCAAUAUAUCGAUCAAACACCCCGUGAUAUCAUGACAUUGAUGCAAAAUGUAAACGAUGUUUUGUGUGCUUUUAUUUUGACAGCCAGCACUUAAAUGGCACUUGAAAGUGAACAGAGGAGCUCAAUAAACGCUAAAUAUUAUACUUCUGUUAUAUUUUUGUUAAAAAUAUAAUUGUGUCAAAUAGGCAGAUAUUAGCUUGAUACUGUAUCAAUCAGCAACCAUUGAAUUAAAUCAAAAUUUGUUCGUAGCAUAUUUUUAAGUAUGUACAAACAUCAGAGCGCUGGCAAAGCAAAUCGAUAUAGGAUCGUAUCGUGAUGAGUGGCGAUUUACACCCCUAGUAAGGAGUGAUGCAGUUAUCUGCAGUUGGGCCCUGGCUAAAUCAACAGAGCUAAAAGAACUUUCUGUCUUUUAUCAGCAUUUGCUUGCUGCAUUUGAAUGUACCAAAGACAUAUUUACAACACGUCUCAGGGCUACAAAUGGUGUAUCACACACAAGUGUGUUGUUACAGCCAUAUGACAUAUGCAGUAGUAGCUAAACUUGUCACAGUUGUAAUCACAAAUGGCUUUUCCAGGCGUCUUGUUAGUUGGUGCUCCUUAGCCACUUUUCCCACAACAGGACCAAGCAGAGCUCUUUCAAAGUUGUUCAAGAUGUUUUAAUGUUAACAGGGCUGAAAGGUUUCCUUGGCUUGCUGCUAGUCUUUGUAAUCAGCUGCAGGUUGGAUAGCACAAUCAGCGGCCAUAAAAUCAGGGUAUGUAACAGCGCCAUGCCUUCAAAUCCAUGUCGUCUGUCUGAUGAGCAUGUGCUGGAGGUGACUGUUCAGUUAUAUUCCUGCUUCACACCAUCAUCCAUGGCCUGUAGUGAUUUGUUUUAAACCUGUCUGGCCAUUAAGUAACCAGCGAUCAAAUUGUUAUGAGCUUUUAGUUAAAUGUAAAUUCACUGUUCAUUAGCAGAAACUGUACAAAACACAAACCAGAUACUGUACAUCAUAUGCAUGUAUGUACAGUGGCUCCACAAAGUAUUCAGACCCUCUCACUUUUCUGCACAUUUGAUUGUUUUGCAGAUUUCAUUUUAAAUGGAUAACGGUAUCAUUUAUGCCCAUUAGUCUACAACCAACAGCCCAAACAGGACAAAGUGAAAACAUGUUUUUAGAGUUUGAUUAAAAACCAAAUACUGAAAUCUCUCAUUUACACAACUUUAUAUAAACUUACUCAUUUACUUUUGAAGCUGUUUUACAGUGACCGCUGGAGUCUUGGUCCCUGACCCAAGGUCCACUUUGCAGGAUUACUUAGUUUGGCUGAACGGUCGACUAAAGGAUGAGUCCUGGUGGUUUGAAACUUCUUCCAUUUCACAGUUAUUGAGGCCACUGUGUACUGGAAACGCACAAAGUUCUAGAUGUGGUUUUGUAGCCCUGCCCUCAUCAGUGUCAUGAUCUGCAGAGAGCUCCUAGGACUUAAUGGCUCGGUUUUUGUCGUGAUGUACACUGUGAAUUUUGGGACCUUAUGUACAUGUGUGUGCCUUUAUAAACACUGUUCAGUCAGUUUUCCACAGGUGGACUCCAGUCAAGUUCUACACAUCUCAAGGAAAAGUAACACAAGCAGGAUGCACCUGACCACAAUUCGGUGCAUGUUUUUAUUUUGCCAUGAUGUGUUACUGAGUGUGGAUUCAUGGGAAAACAUGGCAGUUUUAUCAGUCACUGUGCAAAAGGUGAAGCAAUCCCAAUACAUUCUGAAGCCAUUGCAUAUACAAUAUGUUGUUAAUUUAUGGGCAAUAUAAAACGCACAAUUGAACAGCGGGUUUGUUUUUGAACUCCAGUACUGGAUUUUGUCAUUGUUACCUGAUAUGUAUACUUGUAUUUACUGUAUUUAAAGAAACAGCUUUAAAUAUUAAACAUCUCUAGAG